UGUGAUUGUUUUGUUUUGGUUGGAGCUGUAAUACGAAUGUUAUCUCUCUUUGUGAAGUUGUAGAUUUUCCAGAGUUAACUUACUUGUCAAGUUCUAAAUUUACUUUUCUGAUAAGUAGUAGUUUAUGCUAUCUUUAUUAUUAAUAUACCAGUUAGUUAACUAUAUUAUCAUUAACCAUCAAAUUUAGGAAAUGUCAAGCCGUAGGUCUAUUCACCAAACUCAAAGUCAGACAGAGACUAUGAGCCCUAAUCGUUCCUCUCGUCGUAAGAAUCAGAUAGCGCCGAAACUUCACAAGAAAACAGUGUCCAAGCAGAACUAUCUGGUACCUGGAGAUCUGCUAAACUGGCUCAUCCUACUCCCAUAACCUCCUACACUGAGGGCAGGUCAGCUUUUACAUGUUUGCCCAGACACCAGCUGCUUGGUGCUCGGAGAUCUUCCAAGCUGACUCAUCCAACUCCUAUCAUAUCCUAUACUGAGGAUGAUGAGUUGUACAAACAAUGGGGGUUUCCAUGUCCUCGCAAGAAGGAUCGUCUGCAUGUGCCCAUUUCUAAUGGUGAACAGAAGAUGAAAGAGGAUUAUCAGAAACCAGUUCUGAAAGAAUCCUCCAGAAUCAACUGGCAGAGCAUCAAAUACAUAGCAGCACUCAUUUCCCUAAUUGUGGUUAGUGGAUUUUUAGGUGCUUACUGCUACGCCUACAUCACCUAUCACUAUUUUCAAGAUUCCAGGUGUGUGUUCUCCAACCACCAUUAUCUGGAUGUUGUUAUGAAAGAUGACAGAUAUUCUCACUUGGACUUGAAAAUCCAGAAAAUUUCGAGUUGUAUGGCAGAGCUUGCAAAGAAUAUUAAUGCUCUUCGGGGAAAGAUCAGUAAGCCUCCAGAAAUAGAAACUAAAGUAAUUGCCAUACCACCAAGAGGAAUUUGGGAAGAGUUGUUCACUUCUGAACCUGAUCUAGCCUCCGCUGGAAACUUUGGUUCCGUAUUGUCUACGCCUGACACUACAUCACACAUCGAAGCUGCUUCACUCUCUGUCUUCAGUUGGUUGUCUUUCAAAAUCAAUUUGCCUCAUUAUCCACCCCAGACCACCAUACAGGGAUUGAUAUUGGAGGUAGGGGACUGUUGGGCCUUCAAGGGCCAGCAGGGAAGACUGGUGUUGGGUUUGAUCCGCCCUAGCCUGUUAUCCUCUGUAUCUAUCAGCCACAUACCCGUCACCUUGUCUCCUUCUGGCGACAUAAUUUCGGCUCCAAAACUCUUCCAAGUUCUGGUCCAUCGGUCACAAGAUCUUGAAAAUGGUAUAACUGUGGGAGAGUUCGAGUACAAUAAAGCUGGACCCUGGAGGCAGAAGUUCAAUCUCAAUACUGAUGGAGAAGAAACGUUUGACAUUGUUGAAUUCCGGUUCCUAAGCAAUCAUGGACAUCCCAACUACACAUGUGUCUAUCGAGUCCAUGUUCAUGGGAAGAUGAUUUUCGCUUGAUGAAGACAUAAUAUUAUAUGACAAAUUUUGUACCUGUAUGCUGUGAUAUUCUAAGUUAAUAAGAACAGACAGGAAUAAAGUAACAACCUUGUUUUUGA